CCAAUCACAAAUGUUAUAGAAGUGUUAAAAAAUUAGUUGACAUAGCAUCAGCCAAUCAUGAGCUUGCAUUUUCUCCGUGCAGAAGUCGCAGAAGUGAGAACUUGUUUUCCUGCACAAUCACACGUGAGAUGGCACCAUAUAUAACUUUGACAAACAAUUUCUUCUUUCACAACACCAAGAAAUCUUGUCCCCGCGUUAGCUCUUCCAUCAAAAUCUAUCGAACCGCAACGAAGAGUUUGUUGACUUGAAAGAAAUGGCUCGCACCAAACAAACCGCCCGUAAGUCAACCGGAGGAAAAGCUCCUCGAAAACAGCUAGCGACCAAAGCGGCGCGAAAGAGCGCUCCCGCAACCGGCGGCGUCAAGAAACCUCACCGUUACAGGCCAGGAACCGUCGCACUGCGAGAAAUCCGACGCUAUCAGAAGUCGACGGAGCUGCUGAUCCGUAAGCUGCCUUUCCAGCGCUUAAUCCGCGAGAUAGCACAAGAUUUCAAGACGGACUUGCGUUUCCAGAGCUCUGCCGUUCUAGCGUUACAAGAAGCCGCCGAAGCCUACCUCGUGGGUCUGUUUGAAGACACCAAUCUUUGUGCAAUUCACGCUAAGCGAGUUACCAUCAUGCCCAAAGACAUUCAACUUGCGAGACGAAUCCGCGGGGAGCGUGCUUAAAUGAUAAAGAUAUCUUGGUACUUACUUAUUUUGUUUUGAGACUGUGUUGCUUUGUAUAUAGUUUACAGAUUUGAAUUCGUAACUAGAUCAACUGUAACAAACUUACCCGGAAUUUCCAAACGCGUGUACUGAACCAACUGAAUGAACUGCAAGAUGUGCAUGGAAUUGUUUGCUUUCGUAUAUAAUCGACGGAACAUGUAAGAUACAAAGGGCGUUUGUAAAUAUAUAUUGUAAAUUUAGCACAGAAUUUUUCAGUUGUAAGAACAUAGCGGGGUCAAGGAGUUAUUUUUACAUUUUCGUUAUACAACACAAGCUAAUUAAAUAUUUGUACGUCCCUAUUUGUCUUGUCUAUAUUCAAUCACGUUGAUUGCUGGUUACACUUUACGCCUGCUUCACGCCUGUCGCUGUUUCAUGCACUUUCGUCUGGAUAUUUCUCUUGAAAUGUUAUUCUACUAAAAAUGGUUAGCAGCAAAGGUUGGUUUUGAAAAAAUAAAACAGUCGUUCCUCCUUUGCAGCAAGGUGCUAAAAACGAUCGUGACAAACACCCCACACGAGUACAUACGA